CUAGAGCCACUCCCCGAGCCUGUGGACCCGGAGUCCUGACCGCACUGAGAGCUGCUGGAGAGAGACGAGUCCUCACUCUGAGAGGACAAACACGAGAGAACAGCAGAAACUGGAGCAGAGAGACAACAACCAGUUCACAUUUCUAAACUUUUAACUGGAUACUGGAUGUCCUGCUAGGAGUGGAGUGAAGAAAAUUCAUUCUGAAUACGAGGGGCGACUAUGUCCAAAAUGGAGGUGAAGACGUCACUUCUCGAUAACAUGAUCGGGGUGGGCGACAUGGUCCUUCUUGAGCCGCUGUCAGAAGAAACCUUCAUCGGGAAUCUGCGGAAGCGAUUUGAGCACAAUGAGAUCUAUACAUACAUUGGCAGUGUGGUGAUCUCUAUGAACCCCUACAAGUCUCUGCCCAUCUACACAGCAGACAAGGUGGAGGAGUACCGCAACAGGAACUUCUAUGAGCUCAGCCCACACAUUUAUGCUCUGGCAGAUGAGGCCUACAGGUCACUUCGGGAUCAGGAUAAAGACCAAUGCAUCCUCAUAACAGGAGAAAGUGGAGCAGGAAAGACUGAGGCCAGCAAGUUGGUGAUGUCAUACGUGGCAGCAGUGUGUGGGAAGGGCCAGGAGGUGAACAAAGUGAAGGAGCAGCUGCUGCAGUCCAACCCUGUGCUAGAGGCUUUUGGAAAUGCCAAAACUGUGAGGAAUGACAACUCAUCUCGAUUUGGGAAGUACAUGGACAUCGAGUUUGACUUCAAAGGCGACCCGUUGGGUGGGGUCAUCAGUAACUAUCUUCUGGAGAAGUCCCGUGUUGUGAAGCAGCCAAGAGGAGAGAGAAACUUCCACAUCUUUUACCAGCUUUUAUCUGGAGCAUCAGACGACACUCUUAAAAAGCUGAAGUUGGACAGAGACUUCAGCAAGUAUAAUUACCUGAGUCUUGAUUCAGCCACAGUUAAUGGACUUGAUGAUGCAGCAAACUUCAGGACAGUCAGGAAUGCCAUGCAGAUCGUGGGCUUCAUGGAGGAUGAGUUGCAGUCAGUGAUGGAGCUGGUGGCUGCCGUGCUCAAGCUGGGCAACAUAGAGUUCAAGCCUGAGUCACGGGUCAACGGCUUCGACGAGAGCCGGGUCAAGGACAAGAACGAUCUGAAGGAGAUGUGUGAGCUGCUGGGUAUUGAGCAGUCAGUGCUGGAGAGAGCCUUCAGCUACCGCACCGUGGAGGCAAAGAUGGAGAAGGUGUCCACCACACUCAACGUUGCUCAGGCCUAUUAUGCUCGUGAUGCACUUGCCAAAAACCUAUACAGCCGCAUGUUCAGCUGGCUGGUGACCCGAAUCAAUGAAAGCAUCAAGGCUCAAACCAAAUCCCGGAAGAAAGUGAUGGGGGUCUUGGAUAUUUACGGUUUUGAGAUAUUUGAGGACAACAGCUUUGAGCAGUUCAUCAUUAACUACUGCAACGAGAAGCUCCAGCAGAUCUUUAUUGAGCUCACCCUGCGUGAGGAGCAGGAGGAGUAUGUGCGAGAGGGCAUUGAAUGGACCAACAUUGAGUAUUUCAACAAUGCCAUCAUCUGUGACCUCAUUGAAAAUAAUCAGAAUGGUAUCUUGGCAAUGCUUGACGAGGAAUGUCUGCGGCCAGGCACAGUGACUGACGAGACCUUCCUGGACAAGCUGAACACCAUCUGUGCUGAACACCAGCACUUUGAGAGCCGGCUAAGCAAAAACUCAAAGUUCCUCACUGAUCACAGUCUGCCUCACAGCUGCUUCCGCAUCCAGCACUAUGCUGGCAAGGUGCUGUAUCGAGUAGAGGGCUUUGUGGACAAAAACAACGACCUGCUGUACAGAGACCUGUCCCAGGCUAUGUACAAGGCCAACCACAGCCUCAUGAAGCUACUUUUCCCAGAGGGCAACCCUGCCAAGGUCAACCUGAAGAGGCCUCCUACAGCUGGCUUCCAGUUCAAAGCCUCAGUGGGGACACUCAUGAAGAACCUACAAACCAAAAACCCCAACUACAUAAGAUGCAUCAAGCCAAACGACAAGAAGGCAUCCCAGGUCUUCACAGAUUCGCUGGUGUGCCACCAGGUGCGCUACCUUGGACUGAUGGAAAACGUCCGUGUGAGGCGAGCAGGUUAUGCCUUCCGGCAGGCCUAUGAGCCCUGCCUGGAGCGCUACAAGAUGCUCUGCAAGCAGACCUGGCCCCACUGGAAGGGUCCUGCAAGGGAAGGUGUGGAGGUUCUCUUGAAAGGCUUGGAGGUACCAGAAGAAGAGUUUGCCUAUGGACGCUCCAAAAUCUUCAUCAGGAAUCCCAGAACCCUGUUCUUCCUGGAAGAGAAGAGACGGCAGUGUUUGGAGGACUUGGCCACACUCAUCCAGAAGAUCUACCGUGGCUGGAAGUGCCGCACCCACUUCCUACUGUUGAAGAAGAGCCAGGUGGUGGUGUCUGCCUGGUACCGAAGAUAUGCUCAACAGCAAAAGUACAAGAAGAUCAAGAGCUCCUCCAUUGUGGUUCAGUCUUUCAUCAGAGGCUGGAAGGCCCGCAAGAUCCUGCGUGAACUGAAGUACCAGAAGAGAUGCAAAGAAGCAGUGACCACUAUUUCAGCCUAUUGGCAUGGAACACAGGCUCGCUGGGAACUGCGGCGUCUAAAGGAUGAAGCUCGGAAUAAACGCGCGGUUUCUGUCAUUUGGGCAGCCUGGCUGGGAACUAAGGCUCGGAAAGAAGUGCGGCGGUUAAGGUAUGCGGCACGGAGUAAACAGGCCGUGUCCAUCAUAUGGGCAGGCUGGCAAGGAACCAAGGCACGCAGAGAGCUAAAGCGACUGAAGGAGGAGGCCAGGCGUAAGCACGCCGUCGCUGUCAUUUGGGCCUACUGGUUGGGACUUAAGGUUCGUAGGGAAUACAGAAAGUUCUUCAGAGCGAACGCUGGCAAGAAGAUCUAUGAGUUCACCAUCCAGAAAAUAAUGCAGAAGUACUUCCUUGGCCUGAAGAACACGAUGCCUUCAAUGUCACCCAUUGACAAGACCUGGCCAGCAAGGCCUUACCUCUUCCUGGAUGGCACACACCAGGAGCUGAGGAGGAUCUUCCAUCUGUGGAGGUGCAAGAAAUACAGAAGUCAGUUCACAGAAGAGAAGAAAGCCAUCUAUGAGGAGAAACUGGAAGCCAGCAAGAUCUUCAAGGACAAGAAGGCUCUGUACCCCAGCAGUGUGGGUCAGCCGUUUAAAGGAGAUUAUCUGGAGAUUAACAAAAACCCUAAGUACCAGAAGCUGAACAGUGUGAUGGAUGAAAAGGUGCUCCUCGCAGAUGUGGUUAAUAAAAUCAACAGGGCCAACGGCAAGGGGGCUCCAAGAAUCUUCCUGCUCACCAAGAAAAAGUUUGUUCUGGCUGAUCAGAAGACCGGACAAGUGAAGGCCAGCGUUCCACUGCCUGAUCUCAACAGCGUCUCCGUCAGCACUCAGAGUGAUGGCUUCUUCGCUCUGAAACUUAAAGAGGGUACUCCAUCAGCAGCCAAAGGCGACUUCUUGCUCAGCAGCGACAGAUUAAUAGAGAUCAUCACCAAACUUCACCGCACAGGAGCGGCUUCAGCUGAGAGGGAAACGAUCGGCGUUGACAUCUCAGACGAAUUCCUUGUACAGUUCAAACAGGACAAAGUGUGCGUCAAAUUCAUCCAGGCUGGACCCAAGAACGGCAACAGCGUUGCCUGCAAGCGUAAAAAUAACCGGCUUCUGGAGGUGUCUGUUCCUUCACCCUAGUGACCAGUCGUCUUAACUGCCCUGUUGGGGUGCCAUUUCUGAGACUCUUCACCAUCGAACCGAAGCUUCACCCCACCCCUAAAUGACUGUGCAAUUAUAUUGUUCUCGUCGUUGUUUUUAUCUUUCUUUUUGUAGUCCGAACAAAUGCAUUAUUGAGACUCCAAAAUACUAUAUACAGAACAGUAUUUUGGCACCUAGAAGAAGACAGGAAUAGGAAUAAGCUUUGCUAAACCUCCUAGUCUAGGGGUGCAUUAGAAUUCUGCUUUAAUCAAGACAUUAAUGGUAAUAGUUGGGAUUAUGAUGACAUUAUGAUGUUUAAUGACACUGGCAGGAGGUGAUUAUAAUCCCUUGGCGGGAGCAACACUAUGUGGCAGAGUAGAGGCCAUUCUGGACCAUCUUACAGGCACUCUGUUUUAUGGGGAGUUCUGAAUGGGUGAGACAAAAAAUUGCAAGAUCGUUUUUUAAUGUUAAGCUUCUGGGUUCCUGCUGUAAAGCUAGAAACUAAGAUUGCACUUUUUCCACGAAGGCCGGGGUAAGAUGAUAUGUUUUAUUUUGUUUAUUUUCUUGUUUUUUUCUCCACUUUGUGAUUCUCACGCAGCACAAUCUUUUAGUUCAAUCAAAACACGAUUGCCAAAGUUUGCCAAACGAUAUAAUUUGAUGUCCAGAAUUUUGUACCAUCUGUUUUUUUCUCUUGGGCAUUAUUUCAUAAUGCCUUACCUUUUAUUGUUGUGCAAGCCAAAUUCUAUGUAAUCUCUACAGCAUGAAGGAAAUAGAAGUUGGAGACUUGCUUUUCGAAAUGUUUUUACAAUAGAAAAUAAUAGUGUACACUGCUUUUCUGUAAAAUGCUCUACACCUGCAAACCAAACACAUGCACAAAAGAGACUGUGAGAGAUGAAGCUCCUGUUCCAUGUCUCAGAGGGUUCAGAGGCUCAAAAGACUGCAAAGGAGUAAACAGAUCAGGCAUGGUACACAGGACGUUAGACUUUACAGGAUGACAUGGUGACCCCGCUCUUCCCAAAUGUUUAACGUCGGGCACUGUCAGGUGUGUUCAGAGGUCUCAGCUUAAACGAUCUUCAAGACCUUCAGCAUCACAGAAAGGAUCUUCACGAUCAAAGGAGACUGAACUCUUUCCCCUAAGAACUGCAGAAUGAGGAUGUCCAUCAUUGCCAAUAAUUUAUAUGUAACCACAUGUAUAUAAGCUAAGCAAAGCCAUAGAACAUAUGUGGGUUCUGCGUGUACAAGGUUAACAGUAGUAGCUGAUGCUUAUUUACCAUGUAGAGGCAAAAAGAAAUCUAUAUGCUUUCCCACCAUUUGUAUAUGGGCUGUAUUAGUUUAUCCUUAGCUGGCCUGCAUUGGCUAACAGUACAUGCAGUGUUAUUGUUGGGGCUUUUCUAGAUACUUUUGAGUGCAAAGUGUGCAAUACAUUCAAAGACACACAUGACCAAACAUACAGGUGAACAUGUUCUGCUUAAGCUUUUAUUAUUGAUACAGAAAGAGAGAGCUUUGCUUUGAAACUAUAUUUAAUUCCUUAUUUUCAUCAUAUGUUAAGUAGACUUUUAUCAUACGGUUGAAUUUGUUCAUUAGACAGUUUUGCCAGAGAUUUUAAAGACGCAGCCCCUGGGGGAACAUUUGACCACAGUCCUUUGCUUCUGCAGGUGUUUUUUCACUUUUCAGACUUUUAAAGUGUUUUUGUAAUUUCAUAAUAAAAAAGUAGUUGAGUUUGGAGUAAAGGGUUCUUGUUCCCUCCGGUGAGGCAUGCAUCGUGCAGAACUGCUUGCAUUUGUGCUCCUUGAUUGUGUACAGUUUCAGUCUUCAAUGCAGUAUACUACGGUUGAUCCUUUUCCUCUUCUUUGUCAGUAGUUAAAAGAGGAAAGAACUGUUGAAUGCAUUUUGUGUGCCUAAGUGUAACUUGGUCUAAAUGACAGAAAACAUAGACGUGUUUCAGUAAUUGAUAAUUGUAACAAAUUACAAGUAAUCUUUCUUCUGUUUUUUAAAUUAAAGCAAAAAAUAAAUAACUUUUGCAAACUA